CUAAAAAUGUUCGCUGUAACCUUCCAUGGACUACAACCUGUACUCUUGCGCUAUAGCACCCACAUAUUCACACCUUUGGAACAGUCAUGCCAUCUGAACAAUCUAGCACAGGUUGUCAAUAGUGCUUUUUGGUGUGAUCUCAUAAUCGCUGCAACUUGCAAGCAUCCUACUCUAUUAUCAGCUUCAAAGACUAAGAAUAGUCGAAAGAGCCCACAGAAAAGAACUCCACGUGUUGAGUCCUUGAAGCUCUCUCAACCACAAUCAGGGCCUGAACGCUCCCAGCCGCAUCCUCCCACUGCAAGCCCUCGGACACAAGAACCUGCCAAUCACACCCUCCAAAUACCCUUCCCACAAGGCUGAAGGGUUCACCAACCUCGUGUCGAUUCUUAGGGGUCCUUCGAUCAAGACAUCCUCAACAACAAACACGAGGCAAGUGCUUCACCCGCCGCCAGACGUUGAACCGCACGAGUACCACCACCAACAUAUUCCUCCUCACCAUCAUGGCACUUCUUCAAACGGUGCAGCUAGAGCAUCUCCCGCAAAGCCACUCCAUCCACAUCGCCCUCUACCGCAACCUCCAGAAUGCCGCCUUUCUGCAGCAGCAGCUCUUGGAAGGUAACACGGAUUACGAGUAUGCGCUUAUAGACGCUAGCGUGAUUGUCUCAAAGAUACACGCCUUGGCAGCCGUAUACCGCGCGGUCAACGAUCUGCUGGCGAAUAGGUUACGAAGUCGAAAUGUGCACUCUGAGAUCGUCUUCUCGCUGUCUCCUAACAACAACAUCUCCGAGUCUUUCCGCCGUUUCGGCAUCCAACCCACCACUACCUCGCUCCUUUUAAUUAAAGUCUCAACCCCCACCUCCGAGACCUCACCCAGCGACCUCUCGUCUCGUCUCUCGACUCAGAUACAAGGUGAUGCUGUCCCUUUUACAGAUGAAGAGAUAGGAACGAUGACAGAUUUGGGGCGGGUGAGGAAGAUUUAUAAGUUAAAUGUGCCGGGAGGAGGGGGAAAGAAGAAGGAUGGGAAUACGGCGGAGGAGAGGAGGGAGAUGGAGAUGUUGAUUUUGGGGGCUAUGGCGCUGAGGGGGGCUACGAAUUAGAGGAAUGAAUUAUCUGUCCAGUAUCUUGGCUACUGUGAAGGUUCAUGAUUCUUUGAUGUAUGUCAGACUUGGUAUCCGGGACAUGGAGUGUGGUGCAAGUGCACUUUUCCUCACUUCAAACCCUGGGAGGGGGGCCACCUAUCUGUUCUGGUUUGGAAG